UUUUUUUUUUCAAAUCGGAUGUAGUCGAUAGCUGUUUCGCAAUGAUUCUUCGUGUGUUAGAGAUCAUUUCCUACGAUCACGGGCACCUGUGGCUGCUCUGUAUUGGAAAUCGUUACGGGUAAUGGGACCCGUUGCAUUCUUAACUAGAUACUUGUUAUGGAAACAAGACACACAAUAGAAAUAGAUGUGCAGUUUAUGGUUCAAAAAUGAACAGUUUUAUGAAGGUCAGAUCUUUCCCUAGGAUUGCUGUUACAGACUACUGCAGUAUACGAGAUCUUAUUAGUUAUCAUUAAUUAGACAUUGGAAAGGCUGUGGUAAAGUUUCAGUGAAUCAUUGUUGGAGCACUCGUAACCUUUGAACUUUUCGUCUAGUGUAUACAAAACAGACGCCGUUAUGUAUUGUAGUUGGAAGAAAGAGAUGGCAGAACGUGCCGGCGAAUUAUUUGACCGCUUACGUAACAAAUGUCUCUCCCGAGGGUACGGGGGUAUUAAAGACCUAGCAGUAGUUUUCAGGAAAAUGGAUAUCGAUUACUCCAAAAGAUUAACCAAAGAGGAGCUUAAGGAUGGAACCAGCUUGUAUGGUCUACACUUGGACGAAGGCGAUCUUAACGUGCUGUUUGUCUCAUUUGACAUGGACGAAAACAAAACGAUUGAUUUCUGUGAAUUUUUACAUAGAUUAAGACCAAAAAUGUCCCAGAUGCGAGAGAACGUUAUCAUGGAAGCGUUUACCAAAUGGGACGUGAAUGAAGACGGGCAUUUGAAUAUAGAUGAUCUGAAAGUUGUUUAUGCUGCAAAUGCAAGAAACCACCCGAAGUAUCAGUCGGGUGAGUGGACGGAGGACGAGGUCUUACGAAGUUUUCUUGACAGCAUCGACACGCCCGGUAACCCGGAUGGAAAAGUGACACGUGACGAGUUUAUGAAUUACUACGCUGGCGUCAGUGCAACGAUAGAUGACGACUGUUAUUUUGAUUUGAUGAUGCGCUCCUGUUAUGGUCUUCCACCAAAAAGCUCGCAAUCAAAGCAGAGACCUCAGUAACUUGUUCAAAGUUAUCGACAUUCGGGUUGAUAUUAUACUGAAAUAGCAAUUGUUUUGUUUCAUGGGGAAACUUUUGAAUUUGCAAAACCAUAACAUUACGUAAUGAUUGAUGUCCUUAGGUUUUUAUUCAUGACAAUUUUGAUACAUAAGUGCGAUAUACCGCUUUAGAUACAUACUUGCAGCAUCAGACAUUUUCAUAUCUUGUGAUAGUUUGGGGAAAAAGAAAGAAGUGAAUUCCCUCGUGUGAAAUCUAUUAUCACUAAACGUUGAAGGUUUAUAUUGCAUUGUUUCAUUUGCAAUAUCUUACCUAAGUAGUGCUGACAUUUUUUUAACGUAACAACAUGACGAAGUAUUACUAAAUAGAGUAUCCUAAUGCUUUAUUCGCAAUACGUAGGGCGGGAUAUAAUAUGAAAUGCCAAAUAACGAAUACGAAUAUUUGUGAUAAAAUGCAGUAUGUUGAAAUAAAAGUGUUUAAAUAUUUAGCAUAGAAAUUGUUUCAAAAUAAAGAAAAAUUUGGAAUACCAA